AUGUUUUUAGGCGGAGUUUUAUCUCAAAAUGUCAAACAACAGCAAGAAGAUCCAUGUCAAGUCAAAUCAAAAUUAGCUGGUGACGCCACAUAUUGCGAUAGGUAUUGGGAAUGUAUAGGAGGUCAACCGGAACUCUACGAUUGUCCUAACGGUCUCGUAUUUGCGGGAAAACAUAGAGGAGUUACAGAAGGAUGCGACUAUCCAUGGAGAGCUAAUUAUUGUGAGGGAAAACAACUUGCCAAUGGACCCAUCGGAACCGAACAUUGCGAUUGGUUAUAUGGAAUUUUCGGACACGAAACAUCUUGCACGAGAUAUUGGACGUGUUGGAACGGUACGGCAACAGAACAACUUUGCAUCGGUGGUCUUUUGUACAACGAAAACACUCACUCGUGCGAUUGGCCUGAAAAUGUCGACGGAUGUCAAAAACAUCCUCUUUGCAACGACGAUGCCAACGGUAACGUACCAUUAGGAAAAUCAUGUAACAGGUACUGGCAAUGCCAAGGUGGAUAUCCACGUCUUCAAAGAUGUCCCGCCAUGUUAGUUUUCGAUAGGAGAUCAUUGAGAUGCGUCGUACCACCAACGGAAGAUUGUGACGUGCCCACAACGUUACCACCACCGCCAGAAGAAGAAGAAGAAGAAAAUUUACCACCGCAAGAUUUAAGAGGAAGACCGCAAAGCUUUGGUGGAAAUAGUAGAAAUCAAGGAAGAGAAGAAUUAAAUUUACCGAGUCUUCCAGCCGGAGCAAUUCCUCUUCCCGUGAGGAACAGGAACUGA